CCCCCACAGGGCAGUCUGGAGGAUGGCCGGGUCAUCGACUCCUCGCUGAGCCGGGACCCCCUCCAGGUGGAGCUGGGCAAGCACCAAGUCAUUCCUGGUCUGGAGCAGAGUCUGCUGGACAUGUGUGUGGGGGAGAAGCGCAGAGCCAUCAUUCCCCCUCACUUAGCCUACGGCAAGCGGGGAUCCCCCCCCACCAUCCCAGGUGACGCUGUGCUGCGGUUCGAGGUGGAGCUGGUGGGUUUGUCCCGGGCCAGUUACUGGCAGAAGGUGGUGAACGAGGUGGUGCCACUGCUGUGCCUGGGGCUGGUGCCAGCACUGCUGGGGCUCAUUGGGUUCCACCUGUACCGCAAGGCCAGCAGCCCCAAGCUCUCCAAGAAAAAGCAGAAGGAGGAGAAGAGGAACAAAGCCAAAAAGAAAUAAAACCUCUCCCUCGGCAUUUGCAGCUGGUCUUCCUGAGACAGUGAUGGGCACAGAGCAGAGGGAAGGGGCUGUGCACCUGUCAGGUCCCUGCCUGCUCCAGGGCCUUGAAGGAUCGUGUCAG